GUUUAUUUUAAAAAGAAAAGCACGAUGGGGAUGAACAAACAGAAUGGCACCUGCACAGUUGUUUCUGUGUCUAAAGGAUGCCCUACGACCCCUAAGAAGGUGGAGGCUCGGGAACACUGGGGGACUAAAGCAGAGUUCAUGCUGACUGUGAUGGGGGCGAUCAUCGGACCUGGAAAUGUGUGGAGGUUCCCUUACCUGUGCUACAGAAACGGAGGAGGUGAGUGAGUGAGUGAGGUACCUGUUGAUCUCAGAUUGAGGUACGGGCUCCCAUCGCUGCCAAUCUGUGACGACUCCGAGGAUAUUUUUUUAAUCAACAUCGGUGCACUGAAAUGUACAAAUCCUCCUCCAGGUGUCUUCUUCAUCCCUUACGUCCUCUUCAUUUUUACUUGCGGGGUCCCCCUGUUCUUCCUCGAGACCGCCUUAGGGCAAUACACCAGCCAGGGGGGGAUCACGUGCUGGAGAAAGAUUUGUCCGCUUUUCCAAGGUGAGAAAAUGACUUUUUAGAUAGGCACAUUCAGGUAGAAAGAGUGCAUAAAAAUUCCCAAGAAAAAGCGCAGUUAAUCUCAUAGUUAUUGUCGGUUAAUCUGCAAAAGUAAAGGCAAAAAGUUAUUUAUUGGACAUUUACUUUACUUUACGACUGAGCAAUGACCUCUCUACCCCUCGUUGCCCACUACCACGGGGAUGGGUGGAGUGAGAAAUGCCCAAUAAGUUAUGUAAAAGCAUUUGUUACCCAACUUCUUGAAAUUAUUGAGUGUUAUUGCACUGUCUUAGAUCAGUACCUUCACACUUAUUUCAUGGCUAGUUGUGCAGAGAGGAUCAUAAAUAUAAGCCCAAAACAAAAAUGUACUAGUUAAACUUGGCUCAAAGUACAGUGACUAAAGAUUUACAUUCAGACCUGUCUUUAUGUUGUUGCUAAACUUAGGUGUAAUGAAAUAUUUGGUGACUAAAGAUUUACAUUCAGACCUGUCUUUAUGUUGUUGCUAAACAUAGGUGUAAUGAAAUAUUUAGUGACUGAAGAUUUUUAUUCAGAGCGUCUUUUUAUCGUUGCUCAAUUUAGGUGUGUAUAUAUAUAUAUAUAUAUAUAUAUAUAUAUAUAUAUAUAUAUAUUUGGUGACCUAAGAUUUAUAUUCAGAGUCAGACCUGUCUUUUUACUGUUGCUCAUUUUGGGUGUAAUGAAAUAUUUAGGUCAAAACUAAGACAAAUUCACUUGAUAAGAUUUUUCUCUUAGUAACCGAUGUUAUAUAUUUUUUUUAAAAGUACAUUAGUCAAAAAACAAGAAAUUUCUUUCGUAAAAGUUCUUACUUUAAAAUUUUCUGAAAAACUUGAAAAAAAUUAUAAGUACAUUUUCACUUUGCAAUAACCAUAACUUAUAAAUGGUAAAUAGACCAUUUAUAAAUGGUAAGCAGAUAGUUUAUUAAUGUUUAAUCAUCAUUAAUAAAUAGCAUAUAGACCAUUAAUAAAUUGUAAAUUUUACAAUUUUAAAACCUAACCCUAACCCUUACUUUACAAAAACCAUCUAAGUAAUGUUUAUAGGUGGUUUAUAAACCACUUAUUAAUCAUUUACAAAGUAUUACAAUCAUCAGUUACAACAUUACAAUAAUCAUCUAAAUAACGUUUAUAGAAGUUUUAAAAACCAAAUAUUAACCAUUUACAAAGUGCUACUGACACACAUUUUAAUCAAGAUGUUUUACAACCAACAUUUAAACCCUAUACAACCCUUUAAUAAAUAGCCCAUUAAUAAUCAAUUAAAAUUAUAAUCAUAAUUUCAUUGCUUGUUAAUGGUAAAGUAACUAUUAACUUACAUUAAUAAACCUUAUAUCUACCAUUUAUAAAUUAUGUAAAGUGUUACCAAAUGUAAUUAGUGACUCUUUCCCCCUGUAUUUUAAGGAAGCUGUCAUAAUGUUACAACCCUUUAGUAGCAAACUCUGCAAGUCAGCUUACCUUGUAAUUUCCUCUCGUUUUUUUUAGGAAUGGGUUACGCCAGUCAUCUCAUCAUCUCAUUCAGUGCCACCUCCUACAUUAUCAUCCUUGCGUGGGCCUUUUUUUACUUGUUCUCAUCCUUCAGUGCGGAGUUGCCGUGGGCCACGUGUGGAAACUACUGGAACACAGGUAGGCCACGCUGUCCUGCAGCUACUAGCAGAGUGCUUCAGAUCUGUAAAAUUACGUUUCAUGAACUGCCAAAACAAUGCAAGAUGAAUUCCUUUUCAUAUAUGCAAUUUAACAUGAAGAAACAGAAAUUUGUUGGCAAAGUAAUUUAUCAGAAGGCCUAAAAAGAAAAAGAAAAACAUAAAUACAGCAUGUAGAUGAUAGACCAUGUUUUGAGGAUAUCUCAAGUUUACUUGUCAAAAGUUUGCACAUUUCUUUUCCUUUUUUUUUUUUUUUUUUACUUUUUAGAGUCAUGCUUGGACUUAAAUCAGCGAAAUUCAACCAUCAACAUGACAGCCAGACUGAACACUACUCUUCCGGUUGUGGAGUUCUGGCAGUAAGCAUCAAGUGACUGAAUGCUCUCAGAUCUCUGCUCCUGUUCUUCUUACCAUUUCUCUUCACUGCCCUCCCUAUCGCUGUCACUCCUCCCCUCUAUCCCCACUUCCAUCACCCACCUCUGAGUUCCUCCCCCUCUUUUUCUUUCACUCAUGACAAAUUUGUUUAUCUUUUCACAUUAUUGGGACCGCUGUGGUGCGGCCUACUUUUGGCUCAUAAGGUUAAAGUUGAUGAGGCAAACAGAAACUGUAGGAGAAUCUCUUCAUACAUUUAGGUUAAGAAAUAUAGAGUAAUUAUCUUUUAGUAAGGAGCUACAAAUAAUCUAGGUUGACCUGCUUAUGCAGCCUCAUGACCCUGAGGUUGCAAGCAAGGCUGUCUUGCAGGAGCCCGAACUAUCUGUCUGUUGGAACAUUUAAUUUCUGCGAGAGUUAAGACUACUCUAAACAAAGUGUUGAGGAUCAGAACAGUAUGACAUGUCAUCAUGGGUAGCCCUCUGAAGAAUUGAUAUGACAUACCCAUGAUGAGUAGAAGAAGAAGACCCUGUUUGUCAUCUGUAUUGAUUUCUACAUCUGUACAAUAAAAGACGCCCAGGCUGUUCUUCAGAUCUCAUCCUAUCUCCUGUGCAUUGUUAAUGCUGGAUUUUCCACAACAAAACCAGCUGAUUCAACAUAUUUCAUAACACAUAUAGCUGUCUAUAAAGUGCUAACAGACAAUGACAUGACAUUAAAAUCAAUCAAUCAAUCAAUCAAUCAAUCAAAUUUUAUUUAUAUAGCGCCAAUUCACAACAGUCGUCAUCUCAAGACGCUUUUCAAGGAACAAGAGCAGGUCUGGACCACGCUCAUUGUUUGAUGAUCAAGAACCAACCUAAGAUGGGUUGCAGAAUUCACUCAGGAAGAAGGCUAAGUGUUACUCUAGUCGAGCUAGUAUUUUAUUAGCUAACAACCACUUGACUUUCUACUCUCUGUCUUGAAUAGUUUUGACUAAAUUAAGUUCUGGAUAUCUACCUUCAAAUUGGAGGAACAAGAGGAAGUACUUUCCCCUUCUCUAAUCCACCCUCAAGUAUGUGUGUCUUUAAAUCUUAGCCUCUAACUCUCUGACUUUCCUACUGUGUUUACAAUACACCAGAUUGAGUAGCAGCGCGGUCGACUGCUAACACACUUUGACAUCUUAGUUACUUUAGCAGGAAGUUCUAAUCUCCCCUACAGAACAAUUGUAGUAUGUCAAUUUGUUCCUCUUUGUUUCACCUGUCAUUAAUCCCGCUCUCUUUCUGUCUAGGCGGCGGGUUUUGAACAUCUCUGGAGGUAUCGAGGAGGUGGGCAGCUUGAGGUGGGAACUGUGCUUGUGUCUCAUCCUGAGCUGGAUCAUCUGCUAUUUCUGUGUUUGGAAAGGAAUCAAGUCAACAGGAAGGGUAAUUAAAAGGCUGUGACGAAGUGACCUUAACCGUUUCUUACAAAGAAGUGUUGGCAAGUUUGGAGUAUACUUUGGAGUAGUAAUACUUUUCCACUCAGCAUGCAUACACUUGACCUUUUGCAUGAAGGCCUGGGUACAUUGUCUGUUCAUUUACAGAGUUAUAAUGCAGAUGGUUGAAGGUGAAGCUGCUCUUAGAUGAAUUAAUGCAAAGUAGAAGAAAAAGGUUUGAGACUUUUCUAGAUUCAGGAGGAAUAUGUUACAACAAAAGCUAUGUGAAAAUCAGAAAGCAGAUAGACAAAUAAUGCAGGUUUCUACUGAUAUCUACACUCUAAUGUUAACUGCAAUCUUCAACAAGGUGAUCACAAACCACAUCAUUUCUAACCCUCCGUCAAACUGUCUUCAGUGGGCUAAGGUCCAGAGAAGUUGCUGCCAUUUCUGGAUCAUAUUUAUAUGCGAUUUCUUCUUCCUAUAUUACAGUUUAGCUGCAUUUAUCGAUGCACUUUUAUACUCUUUGAAAAGAUUAAGAGCUCAUGCAGUUAUUUCCACUACCGCGUUAUGUCUUUUUUUCAAUGCAGCACCACCUACAGGCCUAAAAUCACAGCCAUCCAGUAAUGAUUUUGGAUUUGUCUUUUGCGCAGAGGUUUCUUUUGAUGAUACGAAUGUAGAUGAUGAAAUUUUUGAUUUUUUGCAUUUUAACGCUGAGGACAGAGUUGUGAACCUGCUCUCAUCUUUACUUCUGUGAGACUCAGCCUCUUUAAAAUGUCUUUUUAUACCCAGUCAUAGUACUAACCUGUUGAAAAUUAACCUAAUUAGACGGGAGAUGUUCCUCCUGGUGUUUUUUCACGUGUUACUUCACUUUUUGGAUGUUCAAUGACUCUGUCUCAUGUUUUCUGAAACAUCAUGCUCAAAAUAAGGAUAUAUUUUUGAUAAAACAACACAUUAUUUUUUUAGUAUCAACAUUUGAUAUGUUGUUAUCGCACUACUUUUAAAUGAAAUGUGGGGUUUAAAUGAAAUUCUGUUUUUUUGCAGCAUUUUGCACAAUGUGCCGUCUGUUUUGGGUUGAAGGUAAAGAUAAUAGAGACAAACCAUUACAACUAUCCAUCCAAAUUAGCACUCAGAGAACAAAGAAAAAUUUAAGUAAAUUCAAAGUAAGUCAUGUUUCAGGAACAAAUUAAUGUCAGAGCACGGUGCACAGUGUCUUCUCUGAGUUUAAACAAAUCAGAUUAAUUAUCUCGUAAAGUUCCACCUUGAAUACAUCCAGGUUUUAUUGAAUGUUCUCCAAAGAGCAUAAAGCAUUCCUUUCAGGCACAGCAUGUGCCCUGUGUAAGCAUCAGCUGAUCCGCUUUUUUUCGGCUGUUUCAUUACUGCUUCUGGCUCAUGGGCUCAGCGCACUGGAUGACCUGCUCUCAAUCACAUUCAUACGAGUCCAAGUCCAACUGCAUGAAUGGACAUCUCUCACCACUUCUACAAUGAGAAGCUCAUACUGAAGUUUGCAGCUCUGCAGCUUCCUACAACAACCCAGACUCCCAUUUGUGUUGAGACUCUUUUAUAUUAUUUAUACAUCAUGUUUGGAUGUGUUUACAGAUAUGUCUGAAACAGUUGCUCUGGUCCUCCCCCAUACUUAUCUUUUGUAGGUGACUUCCAUUGAGCCUUUUGAAUAAGAUAGAAAAGGACAAUAAAGAUGACGUUUCUCUUUGUGUUCAUCAAAAUAAAAAUAACUUGAGGGGUGAGGGGGUGAAAGAGGGGCUAAAAAAGUGGUAUCCGUGCAGCUCUUCAUUGCCAACUCAGGGGUCGGGGAUGUUGUUGAUAAACAACAACGCACUGGAGGUAAUCCUAUUAUAAGAUAUGGAGUGUCGCGUCAGAGCUGUUGGCUUACCAUAUUACUGUGAUCAGCAGUGCAUUGUCACUAUAUGGUGGAUAACAAGGGCAAAACUGCUGCAGUGGCAAAACACUUUUCCAUUGAGAGAAACAAGCUGCAAAUUCUGAAUCUGCAUUGUUAAUGAUUUGCAGCGCGUUUUUUGUUGUUGAUGCAUAUGUUUUGGCCUGCUGCAGCACAUUUUACUUUGUUUGCAGAUUCAUCGUGAGUUUAUGAGUUUCACACACUUCAGAAUUAGCAUUUAUCACACACAGAGACACAGCUCAGUAUUCAAAUAGGUAUCUUGACAUACACCUUGAUAAACUAUUUAGCUUGAAAGGCCAUGUUGACAUGUUGUGUUUCAGAUUCAGAGUGUACAGGGUGGCUCGUAACAUCAUGCUUUUAUUUAUUCUACCUGGCUGUGUUGAGGAGUUUAAUCAGGUAUGGGACGUCGACAUGAUAUGGCAACCUCUCCCCACAGGUCAAAUGUAAGCCUCCGUGUUUCGACCAUAAAGGUCACAGGGGCGACUGUAAACCUCUCCCUCCAGUUAGUAUAUGGCUACAGGGAUCUGAGCCCUCCUGAACUUAAUGGUCCUGUUCCUGUGCCCUGAGGGUAGUUGGAUAAUAUUUUGGUUCAGUGGGUGAGUGAUGUCUUGUGCUACGGUGUUUGCUCGGCGAGUGAUGGAUCUGUUAUCUAGUUCUGUGAGGUUGGGUGUGGGGAGACCGAUGAUUUUAGCAGCAGUAUUUGUGAUGCGAGUGAGUUUGGCCUGGUUGGUGACAGAAAGUAUGUUAAAGAAACACGUGGAACAGUCCAGAAGGACGGGUUGAAUGAUGCUUUGAUAGAGUGCAUGGAUUUCUAGCAUGGAUAAGUAUCAAGUUAUUUGCUCUUCUCUGUGUUGAAACUACAAAGAGUUAAGAGCUAAACUACAAACUUGUUCACUGAUGGGUCAGAUGAGGUAAAGUUAAAUAAUAUCUCUCCUUUUUUUCUUGUGGGGAGUACAACUUUUAUUCCUUUGUCCAAAUCCCUGACAUCUUGGACCCAUGACAUCAUGACACUUUUUGAACAAUGAUCUGUGUUGUGUAACCAGUUUAAGGAUGUAUUGUUUCCAGAAGCGUGGGUGUUUUCCUUAAGCUUACUUUUCUUCAUUGCGUGCGGGUAAAUGUGUUACCAAUUUAGUUCAGAAGUGCUCCAAAAUUUGAGCAUAGCGUUAGUUCAGACAGGACACGAAGUCAAGUUAAAGGGUUACAGUCAGCUGAUCUUAAGCCAGACCUCAGUCAGCUGACCACACAAAUUCCACUCAAAUUGGCAAAUGCCAAAGUGGCGCCCUAUUUAAACUGCUUCUCCUGCCUACUCUGCCUGCUGCAACCCCUCUGCAACCCACCUCCAACCCAGCUCCUCCUGUUUAUGUUGUGUCUGAUGUUUUUAGUGUCAUAUGUAUUGUCACUGAUGCGUGCGCUGUUCUGUGUGAAAUUUUAAUAAAUUUAUUUUAAUCAAUUUAUUUUGAAACGCAUGGAAGGGCAGGGAACUCCCAGAAUGGAGCCAUACCGCCAAAUGUAAGAAAAUGUUCAUAACCCAAACCUAACCCCAUAACCCUAACCCUAACCUUAAACCCCUAACCCCAAUACCCCAAAGUUAUCCUAACACUUACAAAAAAUUUUGACCUUUUUCCUAAUUUUUUUUUGUACCAAUUGACUCCAAAUGGUCUGAAACUUGCACCUAAGAAGGUCCUGGACAGUGAUUUUAACCCUAACCCUAACCCCAUAACUCUAACCCUAACCCUAAUACCCCAACGCUACCCCAACGUAACCCUAACAGUUGCAAAAUAUUUUGAUCUUUUUCCUAACUUUUUUUUGUACCAAUUGACUCCAAAUGAUCUGAAACAUGCUGGUAAAUAGGUCCUGGACAGAGAUUUUAACCCUAACCCCAUAACCCUAACACUAACCCUAACCCUAAUAACCCCAACGUUUCCCAAACAUAACCCUUACACUUUAAUAUUUUUUAAAAUUUGUCCUAAUUUUUUGUACCAAUUGACUCCAAAUGGUCCAAAAUGUGCCCCUUAAAAGGUUGUGGACAGAGGUUUUAACCCUAACCCCAUAAACCUAACCCUAACCCCCUUACCCCAACAUUACCCCAACGUAACCCUAACACUUACAAAAUUUUUGUCCUUUCUCCUGAUUUUUUUGUACUAAUUUUCUCCAAAUGGUCUAAAACGUGCUCCUAAUCCGUACUCCAUAUCACUAACUCUUUUCUCUUCUCUGUUUCCCCUCUCCUCACAGGCAGCCUACUUCACAGCCACUUUCCCCUACGUGAUGCUGUUAGUUUUGCUCAUACGGGGCAUUACUUUACCGGGGGCAAUGGAUGGAAUCAUUUACUACCUUUACCCUGAUAUUUCUCGCCUCUCAGAUCCCCAGGUAAAAUCACAAAUACAAUCUCUGGAAUAGAGCAGCGCACUCUUUCAGCCAUCCAAAGAUACACCCGUCCACUCAUAGGUUUUUCUUUGACCUUUUCAGGUGUGGAUGGAUGCCGGCACUCAGAUUUUCUUCUCAUAUGCAGUUGGCCUUGGGUUCCUAACCUCUCUUGGGAGCUACAAUACUUACAACAAUGACUGUUACAAGUACGAACAGGGCUGGUCUGCAAAAACCAAAAUGUCACCAUAUCUCUGAUUUUUUUAACAGAAAAUAUGAGUGUUUCUUGUCUUUUAUAUCAACAAACUGCUGUAAAGCAAAGAAGACUUAAACCUUGGCUAAAGCACCAACUUCUGCAAAGUUUUGAAUAUCUACUCUUAUGUGCUUGACCUUUUUUGUUUUCUUUCAGGGAUUGUUUCUACUUGUGUUUACUGAACAGUGCCACCAGUGUCGUAGCAGGCUUCGCCAUUUUCUCCGUUUUGGGUUUCAUGACGUACGAACAAGGAGUGGAUAUUUCUGAAGUAGCUCAAUCAGGCAAGAAACUGAUACCUUAUGUCAUAUCUUAUGAAAUGCUGUAUUUCGAUGAUCAAGUUCUUAGUUUAUCUGGAUUACAGAGGACAUGCGUAUACCCUCUGUUGUUGAUUGUGUUUUUGUAUUCAUGUGUGUAUAGGUCCAGGAUUAGCAUUUAUAGCUUACCCACGAGCCGUAGCCAUGAUGCCCAUGCCUCAGGUGUGGUCAGUGUGCUUCUUCAUCAUGAUCAUUCUCCUUGGAUUGGACAGCCAGGUACUAGCCAAACCUCUCUAAACAGAUAAAUAAAUACAUGUAUAUGAACUGAUAUAUUUCUGAAUGAAUUGGUAAAAUAGAAAAAAAAAGGUCUCACUCACUUUUCUUUUGUUGGUUCCUUCCAGUUUGUUGGUCUGGAGUGUUUGAUGACCUCCCUGGUUGAUCUGUUCCCGACACACUUACGCCAAGGCUGCAGACGUGAGCUGGUGCUGCUGGCUAUCUGCACUACCUGCUGUUUGCUGGGAUUCACCCUGGUCACUGAGGUUUGUCCUGUGUACACUGAGCUUAACCAUAAACCAUAACAGCAUAUUUAUGUGUCGGAAAAGUGUUGAAAUUUUCUUUAAAGUGAUUUCAACUAAACAGAUGGUUAUCAAGUCCGUUUUUUGUAACUUUGAUGCAGUAUUUGGAAACUAGAGGACGAGAGGAUAAGUUGUACUACAUCAAAAUAAAGGCUCAUGACACUGAAACACUCAGUAAGGGAUUUGUAGAGAGUUGAACCACAGAAACAUGGGGAAAAAAAGUCAUGUCUAUAUACAUUUCAAGAGAAUAUAUAAAUUAUUGUACAUUUUUAUGAAGACUUGAAUUUUUUGUCUGCCUCUCUCUGCUAUGUACAGCUGGGCCUGUACAUUAGAGUAACAAUAGACUGUUAGGGGGCAUUUUUCAUUACUUUGGCUGAUAGGUAUUGGCUGGAUUUUUUUGUGGGAACACUUUUUGAUUAAAGUUCAUCUCUGUGGACUUUUUCAGGGAGGUAUGUACCUUCUACAGCUGCUGGAUCACCAUGUCUGCAGUGGCACCACUCUGCUUCUCCUCUCGCUCAGCCAGUCUAUUAGCAUUGCCUGGGUGUACGGUGAGAUACAAACAAUGCAUGCCAACAUUUAUAUAUUAUUUUAUUGAUAUUUAUAUAUUUCCUGUGCAUAAAAGAGACACAAGUUUUUCUCUAAUUGAAUAAACUCUUAUAAAAUUGACAGUUUGAGUUUGGAUUUCUACCGAAAGCCCCAGGAAAUGAGAUUGAACCUUCUUGUACAUCUCGGGUAGUCUAAUAUAUUUCAGAUUACCAGACUCGUACUUUUGUCAGUCAGAAUAUAAAAUAUAUAUAUCAUCAAAUCAUUUUCAGAGUGUACAGUUGAGUGAUUCACCAACUCUUCCAUGGAAAGACUCAAGCUGUUUGAUUAUUUUACCUCAGAGGCACUAUAACCCCAUAGGGGGGUACCACAAGGGGACACCAAUUCUCAUGAAGAAAAUUUCCCAAACGUACAUAAUAUAUUUAUAUAUAAAUAUUAAACAUCCCCUGGAAAAAUCUGUAGUCUGAUUUCAAAUUGCAAAACGGGGUUUGCCUGAAUGAAAAGUCUGAAAUUCAGGCUUUCUGCAAAAGUUGUUCUGACUUUUUUAAUGGAUUGUUGAGAUCUUCUGUCUGAUUGUUUUGAUGCUGAAACUUUGUGUUGGCCAGGUCUCUCUUGUAAAGAGUUCUCUGAUCUCAGUGGGACAUGCCUGGCCAAACAAGGUUAAAUGAAAUGAAAUAAAUAAAUGUCUUUCCUUAAAGGUGCUGAUCGUUUCUAUGACAACAUCACACACAUGAUUGGCUAUCGUCCAUUGCCGUUCAUGAAGUACUGUUGGAGCUACAUCACCCCUUUAUUCUGUUUUGUAAGUUUACAAUAUCACAUGAUCGAUCCACAUGAUCUACUCCCUUCAUGUGUCGCUGUCUGUCUCAUACAUGAGAAGACACGAUCAAUGCAAACACCUGUGCAGUUUUACGUAGAUGGUGCAAUCAUUGUACUCUAAUAACAGUAAAGCACAAGUAUCAACCUAAAUCCCCAACUUUAACUUCUGUCAUCUAAUUGUAUUUACAUGGAUCCAUUUAUACUCCCCCCUCUAGUGGUUUCAAAUGUUCUACUUUCCAUCCCCUAGUCCACCAUGUUGAAACCUCAUAUAAAAUAACAUUUUGAAAGCAUGUCUUGUCUUGAGAGGUUCACAAUAUAACAGCGAGUUUUAUUGUUAUCUCCUCCAAUCACAGGGCACAUUCAUCUUCUCCAUUAUCAAGUAUUCUCCUCUGAAGUUCAGUAACACGUAUGUUUAUCCUCUGUGGGCAAAUAUCCUGGGCUGGUUCAUCGCCUCAGCCUCCCUGUCCCUCAUCCCCUUAUUUGUGCUACAUCAGUUAAUGCAAGGGAAAGGCUCUCUUCGACAGGUGAGUGUAAUCCUCAGCUUUCUGUUAAAGGCCUGUGUCCACUACUGAUAUAUUUUGUACUGUCAGCGCCCACAAUCUCAAUUUCUGAUGUGGCAUGAUGUCGCUAAGCUAUGAAAGUUGUGCUGUGGCGCUUCAUCUUCCCUCAGCGUUGUUUGUUUUCUUGUACUCACACAGAGCCAUACAUUCUGAAAAUUAUAACAGCUGCAUGUAUGCAUUGACCUCACUUGAACCUGGUCUUGAACAUUUCCAUGAAGACUGGUGGGGGGUAGGUAGAGUACAGGGGUCACAUAAGUACAGCUUGAUGUUUGUGAUGAAACUUCUGGCUUUUCUUGAAGAAUUCUCAGCUGGAUUUUUAGGGAAGUCAGUUAAAUAGGAUGGUUUAACAGAUGUGGAAAUACUUAAAUUAGUUUUUUUCCCCCCAUAAACGCUAAACAGGACACUCGUACAUUGUUCUUGGAGCUUUAUGCCUUGACAGCAACACCUCAUUUUCUCUCCAAGACAAAUCCUCAGUAAACUCAAGUCCAUAGAAUUACCCUCCUUUACACAGUAAACCACAUAUGACCGUGGCUGUCAGUCACCCCAGAGCUGAAAAUCUUCGACAGAUUGUACGCCCACACAGACAUUACUGCAAGAGUUUGGGUUUUAGUAGACCUCAUCUGCAGCAGCUGAUAGCCUAACUCCUCUGCAGGGGCUUUGUCUUGUUAAUCUCCUGUGGAUACUGUGCUUAGUACUGACAAAGACGUCAUACAAGCGAACUUGAACAAGCCAGAGUAUUUCUUUAAAUCUCGACUGUUAAGGUCACUGUUUUGGCUGGUUUAGUGAUGUUUCUAAGAAUCUCCACACUUGUUUCAGUGCACAGAAUAAGACCUCCUGGCACCCACAAACUAGUAUAGACUAAACUGUUUCAUCCUCAGCUUUCAGUGUAUUUGAUUUCACUCUUUGACCUCUUUCUCCGCAGAGACUAUGGGUGCUCUGCCAGCCCAUGGACGACCUCCCAGUGGAACAAAAAGAACUUCCUACACUUGGCGCUGCUUCCCAAACUGAGCUCAAACCCCUGUCCCACGCCACAGAAGUCACUCCUUGA